UGGAACUCAAAUUCAUUCUUAACCUUCAUUAUGUAUGUAUAGUUUUACCAUUGGGCAGAAACCAUUGCUCGAAAGUACAAGCUAUGUCUCUUCAGAAAUCUUAGUGUGAAGUUUUUAACACAACUUAGUUGUUUUCUUCAGUAAUUUCCUAAUGAAAAGUUAUACAUUUGUACCCAUUGUUUGAAACGCCUAAUUUCUUAAUGAAAAGUUAUGGUUGUACUUAUUGUUCAAAAUGUAAUUUGUUAAUGAAAAGUUAUAGCUAUAAUUAAUAGUUAUAACUUUAAUGAAAAGUUAUAUUUGUGUUCACUGUUAAAAAGAACAAUUAUAUUUGUGUUCACUUGUUGUCAUUUUGGCAAUUUUUUUUUCUAAUAUUUACUUAAAAUGCAUGAGCUAAUGUGACUUGGAGCAGGUGUUUGCAUUGAUUCAAAUUUCUUGUGUAGUCCUGAGUUUAUUACUUUUAACUCUUUGGGUUCUGUUUUCUUGAUGUCUAGAUUGUUGGCAGCAUAACGGCAGUGUUGUCUUCUCUUCUUGUUGGGAAGGCAGGGCCAAUGGAAGGUUUGGAAGCUUAAAGGCAUAGCAAGUUAAGGUUAUCUUUAUUAAAGUUGAUAUGACAGAUAUUGCUCGUUCUCACGGGGGUGAUGGAGGAAGUGAUCCUCCUCUUGGUCCGACAAAUAUUGGAGCUGACUGUGUGCGAGCUCCUCCAAAGAAACGUGGACACCAUAAGGGAUUAAGCACACGAGAAAAGCGAGAAAACCUCAAACGUCCACUGCCUAUUGAAUGGGACAUCAAAGGAAAGACAUACAAGGAGAUGGGUCCGUAUUGUUCAGACUUUUCAAGGGAGUUAGGAUUGCUCGUACGACAGUACACGGAUCCAAACUACCUAAGUUGGGCAGAAGUACCUGACUCUGUGAAGAAGAGGAUAUUGUCUAGAGUAGAGGAUAAUCUUUUCGAUAUCGGUCGAGAAAGAUAUGGAUCAGAUCAUCUCUUUGGUAUCUUAACAGGCAUUGAUAAAUCUUGUGCCAAAAAAUAUAGCGAAUUCAAACAUCAACUCAAACAACACUUGGAAAAUAAUGGUCCUACAACUCCAUAUGCUGGAUGCACUUUAGACCAAUGGAAAAAGGCCAUUGAAUUUUUUGAACUACCUAAUGUGAAGAAACGUUCGGAGAUCAAUGCAUUAAAUAGGAAAAAAUUGAAGGAGUUGAGCCAUGGAGGAUCUCAAUCUAUACCUGCUUUGCGUUAUAAAAGGCGUGAUCCGGAGUCUGGGCGAUUGGCACCGAUCCCAGAUGCUUGGCAGGCCACUCACCAUAAGCAGGGCAAAGGAUGGGUGACCGACACUGCUAGAGAAACAUGGGAAAAAAUGAUUGCCAUACGUGAGACACAACAAACACAGUCCAUUCCAAAUACUGAAGUGUCAGGCAAUGUCAUUAAUCCAGAAGACAAAGAUUUAUCACUUGUGCAAUCUGUUUUUGGAAGACAUCGUGGGCACCAAAAGGGUUAUGGGCGUCUAAUUAGCACAAGAGAGAUGACAGGACCACCUACAUUUACCCAACCUCCUCCACCUCAGACUGGUGCAUAUGUUGGAGCUGAUGUCAUAGCUGAUAUGCAAGAGCGGAUUAGACAGCUGGAGGAAUUGGUUAGGACAAAUGGUGUCACUCCGAGAACGCAGAAUCCACCUCAACAAUCUGAUCACUCUGAUGAUGGAGGAGCGAGUUAGUAGUUGUGUUUAUAUAUAAUGUUUAUUUUUUUUACGAACCAUUUUAUUAGCAUGUUAGGUAAUUAAACUUAUAACUUUAAAAUUUAAAAAAGUAAAUUUACGGUAUUUCAAUAUUAAUGUGAAAAUAAAAAAAAAUAUGAUAUAUUUA